CCACGCCCUCAGCAGCUGUGAGCACACUGCGCAUGCGCACACUUUCCCUGAGCAGCAUGGACGGCAUUGAGGUGGAAGUGAGAGGAUCGAACGGGGCUUUCUACCCGGGGUACGUGCAGGAUGUCCACAAAGACUCGGUCACGAUCGUCUUCCACAAUAACUGGAUGCCAGAGAGACAGAUACCGUUCAGUGACGUGAGACUGCCUCCUAUGCCUGAUACUGUACCUCACAUAGCAGAAGGAGACCAGGUAGAGGUGUUCUCCAGAGCUAAUGAACAGGAAGCGUCGGGCUGGUGGUUGGCGCACGUUCGCAUGAUAAAGGGAGAUUUCUACGUUAUAGAAUACACCUCCUGCGACUCUCCUUAUAACGAGAUUGUCAGCCUAGAUCGAAUUCGGCCACUCAACACAAAUGAAAAGGCAACAAGCAAGACGUUCUUCAAACUUAGCGUGCCAAUACCAGAGGACCUGAGGGAAGUUUGUCUCAAGAAAGAUAUCCACAAAGAAUUUAAAAAAGCUGUGGAAGCCGAGAGUGUGUUUCUUGACAAAACUGGGAAAGAGCUUAUUAUACUGGCCAUGAAUGAAUCUGUCAUUAAUCAUUCAUCUCUCUUGUGUGACAUUCACCUUCGGAGCAUACGCACAAUAAACAUGUUAAUGACGCAAAACGAGGAGGCAACCAAACAGCUGGAGAACAAUAAGCGUUUUGCUGUUGCAUAUCAGGAAGAGUUCCAGGUGCGAGAAGAUCUCAUUGGGCUGGCUAUAGGUGCUCAUGGUGUAAAUAUCCAGCAGGCACGAAAAGUACCCGGCGUUUCAGCUAUCGAACUAGAUGAAAGCAAAUCCACUUUUCGUGUGUAUGGAGAGAACGAGGACGCUGUGAAGGCUGCCCGUGGGUAUCUUGAGUUCUCUGAAGGAUCAAUGUUGGUUCCAAGAGAGUUUGUAGGUAAAGUUAUUGGCAAGAAUGGAAAAGUGAUCCAGGAGAUUGUGGAUAAAUCAGGAGUUGUGCGAGUGAGAGUGGAAGGAGACAAUGAUAAAAGCAACCAGAAAAAAGAGGUGGCGGUCCCAUUCAUCUUCGUUGGAACCCAGGAAAAUAUCUGUAACGCACUGGCCCUGCUGGAAUACCACAUUGCUUACCUACAGGAUUUGGAACAGUUGAGAAUGGAUCGCUUGGUUAUCGAGGACCAGCUCAGGAAUGUUGGAGGAGGACUGCAUCUAACAUCCACACGGCCAUCCAAGGACAAAAGUGGAGAACUAGCAGAUAAUAACAGAAGCCAUGGUGGACGUGGUCGGGGUAGAGGAGGGAAAGCCUCCAAUUCUCACUCUCCCGGUAGGCGCUCCUCUGAUUCUGAGAAUAAGGAGGAAGCACCUGAGAGACUGAUUGAUACUCGAAGAGGAGGGAGUGAAAAACAUAUAAAACAGCUACCUUCUUCAAUAAAAAAUAGUACUCUUCACAAUCCUGAGGAUGACGUCUGUGACCCUCCGGGUCUCCCACAGAGGAAUUCUCGCAGGAAUAAGGUUGAUAUAGACAGGGAGGUGGUGGAUGUGAAUGGAGAGGGUCCCAUUGCUUCCCCACACAAUGGAGUUGAUGGAGGAUCACGACAACUUCGAGCACAUAGUCACCAGAGCAGGUUUCGAGGCAGAGCUGGGGAUUUUGCCAGUAGACGAGGCAGACGGGAAGUAACAGGACGUGUUUCAACAUCUGAUUCCUCUCACAUGCCAAAUGAGAAUCCUACAACAAAAAUCCAAAUUCAGAAUGAUGCCACAGAUAUCGAGACAACUAAUGGAGAGUCGUUAAGCAGACAGAAAGACACAGACUGUGUGGCCAACGGAACAUCUUAAUAUACUUCGAGCCCAUCCUACCCAACUGCAAUAAUAAU